AUGCCCGGAACAUACCCAUCCCCGAGACCGACGGCACCACGCGAGCGUGGCAAAUCGAGGAAAAAUGACAAAAACUACAAAAAGGCCAUGGGCCAUGGCCACAAUCAAAGUGGAACUAUAAAAAGCCAUGCCCUCCGGAUCGCGCUGAAGGGAACCAAACACUUGUUUCUCUUUCCCUUCUGGUUCAACCAAACGCCCAGGCAGCAGAAACCCUCUCUACCUUCGCCUCGGGAUUACUACCCCGCAGAAAAGCGCCCACUUUCGCCUCAGUAUUGGGAUAGAGCGGACGUCAAACAUCCUCAAAUGCCUUUGGAUGAGCCAGCUAAGAAGGAGAAGGUGUCGCAUGAAAAUCGCGAGGGCUUCCGACACACCGAAUUGUGUGAGAGACUAACGGGUGCUAUUCAGACCGUGCCUGCUACUAAUCCAAGAAAGCGCGAUGAUCAGGAGGGUGUUUUGAAAUAUGAUUUUAUCUACGACAUUCUCCUAUUCACUUUCGACAAGCAAUUGAGGCGACGCAUGAUCGUGGACUUUGAAACAGAAGCUAAUUUCAUGGACCACGAUGUCUUCGAAAGAAUGAAUGUCCGCAUGGACCCAUAUGAUGGCCCGCCAACCCAACUUACCACUCGCGGGGAAUUGACGCCCCUCGGUAAAGUGCAAGCAACAUGGAUUAUUGUUGGCUACGAAACGCCAUAUUGUGCCGAAUUCUACGUCGUUAAAGGUACCAGUUUCGAUGUUAUCCUCGGCACUACUUCAUGUCGGGAUAUCGAUCUUUCCUCUGUGGAUCCUAUGAUUGCCACACGACUCGAUAAUUUGAAACAGACAUAG